GAGUUGAAAUGUAGUUUUUGUGUAGCAUAAAUGCAGUAGGAACUCGGGGCGAUGUCGAGGCGGAUCCACAGGAUAGUGAGUACGGGGAUAACGUACGUCUUGCUCCUCCAGUCUCAGUUUAUGGCGGUGCUUCUCUCGGUUGGCAAGAUUAAAAAGUACACGACGAUCUCGGUUCUCGUCAUUUUGUGGCACACUCUACUCGUCGGAAUGGCAGUAUGGACCCACUGGAUCUCCAUGGUCACCAAUCCCGGAUUGGUACCCAAACUUGAUGAGGAACAAAUUGCAACGGAACCCUCAAAAUUUGAGUAUUGUAACAAGUGCAGUUCACUGCGCCCACUUGGAUCGCAUCAUUGUAAGCGUUGCAAACGCUGCAUUCUGAGAAUGGACCAUCACUGUCCCUGGAUUAGCAACUGCGUUGGAAUGCUAAAUCAAAAGUUUUUCAUUCUAUUUCUCGUGUACAUCUUCCUACUUGCCAUAACGGAUAUAACAAUGGUUAUUUUCCAUCUGAGAACGUUCAUUUUAGAUGACAACUGGUGUUACAAUAUCGGAAAAGAGUAUUUGGUUGGUAAAGGUGCUGUUAUUAUCAUAAUGAUCGCAAUAUUUUCUUCUCUGCUCUUUGGCGUCUUUACUCUCAUAAUGUGCAUUGACCAAGUUGUGGCCAUAAGGUCGAACCGUACACCAAUUGACAAGUUUAAGAAGAUCCAGUUUAACCGACUGGGAUUCGCCAAAACGCUCGUUCAGGUGUUUGGGUCACCCUUUAGCAUUUUAUGGCUGGUUCCAGUGAGAAUGAGCAACACCCAAACAAAUGGCGAACUUUCCACUGAAGAUUUUCUGGCACUGGUGAAGACAAUGGCACUCAAGAAUGGGCCCAAAACUGAAGCUGUAGACCAUCCAGGAGGGAUGCAAGAACACACACAAGGGCCAGAAGGAAUGGUAUCCACUCCUUCUGCAGAACUUGUCCCAUUGAAGGAGUUGUAGAUGAGAUAAUACUGAGCGUUGAGUUGCUGUACCACGAUUGGGUGAUUCCACGCCAACUUUCAGUUUUUAAAAUUUCUGUACA